GGACCGGGGAGAUUUAGAGGGAGUCAUCCAGCAGAGAAACGAGCUAGGGAGGUUCAGCGGAGGAGAGUAGCGAAGCUCAGUGUGGUGUGGCGCCCCUGGCGAAAGCAUCCAUCAUGAAGUUUUAUCUGUGCAUACUGGCCUUAAGUGUGGAUGCAUGCUUUGCUGCUCCAAGCCUAGACCCCGCUUUGGAUGACCACUGGGGUCUGUGGAAAACAUGGCAUAGCAAGGAAUAUCAUGAGAGGGAAGAAGGCUGGAGAAGAAUGACCUGGGAAAAGAACUUGAAGAUGAUUGAAUUGCACAACCUGGAACACAGCCUGGGCAAGCACAGCUACAGACUAGGCAUGAAUCAGUUUGGAGACAUGACGAAUGAAGAGUUUAGGCAAGUGAUGAAUGGCUUCAAAUACACCAAAAAAGAAAGGAAAUUCACAGGAUCACUUUUCCUGGAGCCAAACUUCUUGGAGGCUCCCAGAUCUGUUGAUUGGCGGAAGAAGGGAUAUGUAACCCCUGUGAAGGAUCAAGGACAAUGUGGCUCCUGCUGGGCCUUCAGCACAACUGGAUCCCUCGAAGGACAGCACUUCCGCAAAACCGGCAAGCUGGUCUCUUUGAGUGAACAAAACCUGGUGGACUGCUCUAGGCCUGAAGGCAACCAGGGCUGUAAUGGGGGCCUCAUGGACCAGGCUUUCCAGUAUAUAAAGGACAAUGGUGGCAUUGAUUCAGAGGAAUCCUACCCAUAUGUUGCAAAGGAUGUUGAAGAUUGCUUGUACAAGCCUGAAUACAAUUCGGCUAACGACACUGGUUUCGUGGACAUUCCAUCAGGGCAUGAAAGGGCCCUCAUGAAAGCAGUGGCUUCAGUAGGGCCCAUCUCUGUGGCCAUUGAUGCAGGUCACACCUCUUUCCAGUUCUAUGAGUCAGGUAUUUAUUAUGAACCAGACUGUAGUAGUGAGGACCUGGACCAUGGCGUUCUUGUUGUUGGUUAUGGCUUUGAAGGUGUAGAAGAAGAAGAUAGUAAGAAGAAGUACUGGAUUGUAAAAAACAGCUGGAGUGAUAAGUGGGGUGACAAAGGCUAUAUCUUGAUGGCUAAGGACCGGAAUAACCACUGUGGAAUAGCCACAGCUGCUAGCUAUCCUUUAGUAUAAUUUUAUACUUUAUACUAAAGGAUAAAAAAGGAUACUCCAAGGAGUCUCUGGAACAACUGCUACAGUUGCACUUGGGAAAAGAGGAACCACUGUAAUAAGCUGUCCAGCUUGCUGGGUCUCAAGACACUUUCUGAAGCCUCCAAAGUAUUCUUGUACCAGAAAAGACUUUAAAACUGACUAUUACAUGUGCUACUAAUACAUGUGGUUGUAUCUGUUUCUUCCAGGAUCUGUGACUUUUUAUUUUUUAUCUCGAACCUCUCUGAUGUUUACUUGAUGGCAAAAUGUGCCCUUUUUAAUUUUAACUCAAAUGUUGCUGGUGCACACAAGCUUGUAAUAUUGAUAGUUUGCAGUAUCUGUAAAUCAUAGAACAAACUCUUUUUUAAGUUUGUUUUUUUAAGUAACUUGUACAAAGUUGCAGCUUUCCAAAUAAACAUUUCAACAUGUUCA